GGGGCAAGGGUGUUCAGUUUUGUGCAAGUAGAAAGUUGGCAGCCCUAUUAAUAGGUGAUUGGUAAAUCAAGAUCUAAAUUCUAUCCAUUUUUGUUUAUUUUUGUUUGUUUAAUAAAAAAACUUAUUUUAGGGCCAUCUACAAUACAUAUAAGGAUCUGUGGACUCAUAUGUCCAAACCGAGGUUGGUAAAGCUUUGGCACACUUCUGAGACAUAGUAGAGAUCCAGCCUCCACUGCAAGCCAACUGAACUUCAAUCAUAUCAGAGGAUAACCAUGUUGUAACUGGGUCCCCCAACCCAGUUAUAUAUUUAGUGUAGGCCUCUGUUAUGCUGAGAGUUACUGGUGACUGCAUCGAUCACAAACUGUUUUGAGUCUGAGUGUAAACACACCCUUCAUUUAACACAACUGUCAGAUGAGUUAACUAGGACCUAAGACAAAAGAAGGUUGUGGACGCACCCAGGAGUUUGGGCUGAGUGGGUGGAGGGGUUUUCCUGAGCAUUGUGUGUGAGACAGGUGGGUGUGGAUGGGUAAAAAAGCAGAACACACACAUACACACACACACAGACACAACAAAGAGUGAUGCAGAGGCAAGAAAGCAAGAAAGCUGAGCAGUGUCCUGUGAGAAUAAAGGUAUAACCCUGGAAAAGCUGGAGAGAGACCUUUUGGGUCUGGUGUUUGCUAAGGAGGCUUGGAGCUGUAAGCUAAAAAAUUGCUCCUUUUGUUGUUGAUUCCUUCUGCAUUCAGAGACACAGGACUGUGUACAUCCUUUGCAAAUAUACAAAAUUGCAUCAAAGAAAUACUUGGCUAUCCCCAAUUUCUCCUCUCAACUGGAAUAGUACCAGGUGAGGUUUCAUCCCCCUCAAAGGCAAGGGCGCCAGGCAGAGUGCAGCAGCAGGGGCAGGAGAUGGAGAAGAUUCGCACUGUGUUGGACCUUCGUUACACCAGGAGAAAGUGAAACCUUUCUGUUUGUUUGUGAGGGAUGUACGAACUAGAGACGUCACCUCACCCUGAAUUUUGACUGGCCGGCCAGACAUUCCAGGCCAAAAGGGGCAACACCUCAAUUUAGAUCUCUGCAUGAUCUAAAGCAUAUAGUGAGCCUAGUUAUGAUACAGUUUGGCUCCAUCUAACUAGAGGCCAGAUCAAAGUAUUCUAUAACUGGAGUUGGUCAAAAAAUACAAAAAAUAUUUCAUGAUGUUUUUGUUUCUAUUUUAUUCCCUUUUUCCUUGAAAUUUGAAUUUUUGACAAAAACCUUCCUAAAAACAUCCAAUUUUGGGAGGCGAAAUUGCAGCCUUAUCUACUUAUCAGUCACAACCAAAUUGAUCAGCCAUUGUGAGACUCAGGCAUUUUGGGGAAAGUAUAUGUAAGCUUUAAAGAAGCAAUGAUGGCGGUUUGGGAAAAAUAACAAUAGCACUGUGGGUUUCAUGUGCUAUCUACCUGCUGUUUCCUGUAAUUUCAAAAAUACAGAGAAAAUGCUCAGUGGGUAUUUUCAGAUGUUUUCUCCUACACUGCACCACCUUUGCUACACCAGGAGAAAGUGAAACCUUUCUGUUUGUUUGUGAGAGUUGUGGUAACUAGAGACCUCACAUCCUCUUCCUUUUGUACACAUAACCAAGUGAGGUUUCAUCCCCAUCAAAGGCAAGGGCAUCAGGCAGAGUGCAGCAGCCAGGGCAGGAGAUGGAGAAGUUUCGCACCGUGUUGGAUUUCUGCCUCAGUCACCAGAAGGUGCUCGGUUACAGCGCUGUGUCCCUGCUGACCGCGGGCAGCGAGCGUCUCUUCUCAGCCGUGGCGUUCCAAUGCCCCUGCAACUCCUGGAACAUGCUCUAUGGCUCUGUCUUCCUGUUGGUGCCUGCCCUGAUCCUCUUCCUUCUUGGCUACCUGCUGAACGUCAGGGCCUGGCGGCUGUUCACUGCCUGCUGCGCCCCAGGCAGGUGUUGCUGCUACAUCCACAGGAGGCGCUUCUGGCGCUACGUUAGUGUGCUGUGGCUGGUGACGGUGAGUGCUGCUGUGGCCCCACUCACCUGGAUCGCCGUGGCCCUGCUUGGGGCCAACUUGUAUGAGUGCGCAGUAAGUGGGAGCAGCCUGUUGCAGAGGCACCUGUGCCAAGGCAGAGGGACUCAGUGCCAUGAGCAGGUGGCCAGAAUACCCUGUGGUGGGACUCUCCCCAAAGAGGCACAGACAUUUGUGAGCCUUCAGACUCAGUCCCAGGUAUGGUCUCUUCCAUCCUUUGAUUUAUCCUAUUGCUGUAUGUUCCCUCAGGUGCUAGGAUGUAUACUGAUAGCAAGCAUCAUGGCUUUAGUACUGGCUGUCACAUGCAUCAACCGCUGUCGUUCUCCAGUCAGUUUUCUUCAGCUGAGGUUCUGGAAAAUCUACUUGGAAAAGGAACGGGAGGUUUUUGAGAGGAAGGCCAAGGAGCAUGCAACCAAGCUGGCAGAAAGGAACCUGAAGUGCUUCUUUGAGUCCACUGAGCCAGAACCAUUUCAGACUCCCAGCAACAAAGACUGGCAGCAGAUCUCGUCCUUGUAUGCCUUCAAUACUAAAGGACAGUAUUACAGCAUGAUACACAAAUAUAUUAGUGCAAACAGAGGCACCAGCAUCAAAUCUACUGAAGAAGAUGUGUUUUCUCCUGCUUUAGGAUUUGUGGAUGGCACUGAUUGUAAUGAAACGGGGACAUUAUAAUCAAAUAAAGAAAUUCUAUUUUUGUAGCAUGGACAGUUAUGUAAUUAUGGCCAUAGAAAAAAGGUCUCGUUCUAUGCACUGAUCUCUUGUUGACAUCAAUGGGAGUUAUGUGCAAAGUCUUCAGGAGAAGAUGGCCCAUAAAGUUUGCAGCAUUAUUUUUAAUGAAUUUUGUUACUUUUACUUAAGUGCCUUUUGUAAAAUACAUAUUUCUGGAUGGCGGUUUUACAAUAUUUUAUCCCCUUGACUCUUUCUAGUUAUGAUGUUAAAUAGCUUAAAUCCCAACACCAAAGAUAAGUGUAUGUGCUGUUUUGAAAUACUACAAAACACCUGCUACAAAUAUACAUUAGCUAGUCUGUCAGCUCAGAACAUUUGGCAAUUAGUGUUGCAAAACUAAAGUUUUACCCUUGGCAUUGCUUGCCCAUCAAAAACAAUAAUACUAUAUAUUUUUUUUAAUUAAGAAGUAGCUUUCUAGGCUUUGAGCCAUAAGCAAGUUCCCCACAAGCAUGCAGAGAAAGGCCGUGGCUACACUCGAAACUUCAAAGCGCCGCUGCGGGAGUGCUCCCACUGCAGCGCUUUGAAGUGCGAGUGUGGUCGCGCGCCAGCGCUGGGAUAGAGCUCUCCCAGCGCUUCAGGUACUCCCACCUCCACGAGGAGAUUAGCUUAUAGUGCUGUUUACACUGGCGCUUUACAGCGCUGUAACUUGCUGCGCUCACGGGGGUGUUUUUUCAGACCCCUGAGCGAGAAAGUUGCAGCGCUGUAAAGUCUCAGUGUAGCCAUAGCCAAAGAGGGAAUGUUGAGUGUGUCUUUGUAUCAUUGAGCUGGUGCAUUCUGAUGAAUUAUGGUUGAGAAGCUUGUUGUUAGCACUGAAACAGAGGAUCAUACGAGCCGUUAAUGUGCAGCAAUAGUCAAAAAAAGUUAACAGAAUGUUACGAGCCAUUAGGAAAGCAAUAGAUAACACUGGUCUACAAUUUUUGAGAAGUCAUCUGCUUCAGAGAUAAAAUGGGCUAUUUAUUAUGUAUUUUGAUAUGCUGAAUUCAAAUAUGACAAUUAAAACAACUG